AAAGUGCUAUGUCAGAUUUUUUCCUUGAGAGUUCAAGAUCUUGAGGUCUAUCAGUAGUGUCAGCCUAUCUCAUGGGAGGAGUAGCCCAUGUGUCAUGCAAGAUGCUCAAACAAAAUCCCCCUCAUGUAUGAAGCAUGUUUAACCCAUUGCUUCCAGUUAGUCUCCUCCCUCAGGUAUCUGUCCUAAUCUGGCUAUAAAUUCAGACAUGCGACGAGCCAAAAUUCAUGCACCUUUUUCUUCUGAGCCCUUCAGUAAGAUUCUACCAAGAAGAUUUUUACCUCUCAGAAGACUGAAAACUUCAUCUACGUCCGUCCACUGAGCCAGCAGCAUCUCCACUCCUGAGGGCCCCACUCUUCUCUUCUCUGCCUCCAGAAGACCCAUCAUCUUGUCCACCAGCAUGACUCCUCGGUCUCUGCUCCUGUCCCUCCUGGUUCUUCUGUCUUUCUACAGCACUGCCUGGUGCAGCCCAAUGUGCAACAACCAUUGCUGUCGAUUCGUGGAGGGUUUCCCUGUCCGGCUAAAGAAGCUCAGAGAGGACUAUUCACAGAUCAGAGACUAUUAUGAAGCAAACGACGACUUGGACACAGCGCUGCUAGACGAGACCGUGGAGGAGUCCUUCAAAAGCCCGUUUGCCUGCCACGCCAUGAACAGCAUACUGGAGUUUUAUCUGAACACGGUGCUGCCCACAGCCAUGACCGGAGUGACGGAGGAUACCAGGAAUCUAAAGCCGUACAUGGAGUCCAUACAGCAGAUCUUCGACGAGCUCAAGAGUGAGGUCACCAAAUGUAGAAAUUACUUCUCCUGCAAGAAACAGUUUCAAAUCGAAAACCUGAACUCUACUUACACUCAGAUGGAGGGUAAAGGUUUAUUUAAGGCCAUGGGCGACCUGGAUGUGCUGUUUAACUACAUUGAGAUGUAUCUGGCUUCUAAACGGCACAGACACACAGUGGCCGCUGCUUGAAGACCUGCUGACCUGAAUUAAACUGUGACUUUGUCCAUGUCAGAAAUAAGAGGGGACAGACAUUGACUCUUGAAAUCCGUUACUGUCAGUCGUAUGAGUGUUGUUAAUGAGUGUUGUUGCUGCUUGCUGAACUGAUGUCUUUAUUAUUGUGAGACUUCUGUUUUGUCCUGAGGACAAGCUUAUGUUUGAAGACCAUAUUGUGUCUUACACACAUGAAGAUACAACCAAAACAGUUGCUUUGAAGCUGUGAUAUUUAUUUGUCAUAUAUUUUAUGUAUUUUUGUAUUUAUUAUGACUAUUUUUACACUGUUAAAGAGGAAUAAAUGACUUGUCUAUAAAGAAUGAAUCUUAUGAUUUUAUUUCACAACAUGAUACUGCUGCUGUCAUGCCAUAUAUUAGGAAUGGGUAACUGGUAGAGCACUGAAAACAUCACAUCCUGCAGUUCUGCAGUCUAUAUGUGGGGAACCACUCGAGUGUAAACUCAACAGGCCUAUGCACUAACCUCAAACGUGACCCACAUAUACAUCACUUACCAGCAGCAGCCCUGCUAUAUCUUAAUUUACCGUAACUGUAACUAGCCAGCCUCACCCUCAUGGCAUAUGCACAGUUGCACAAAAAAGACAAGUGCAUGCGAAAGCGGUCUCGCUCAGUCACACACAGACACAUAUAAAACAGAAGUAACACACACAGUG